AAUCGUGGAACUGUAGAUCAUCUAGUCCUUGAUCAGAUAUUAUUGAAAUAUUGAUGGUCUUUUUGUCAGACAUUUCCAAAUACUUUAGUUUUUCUGUUAUCUAAUUCAUUCUGAUUACUUCUCACACACGCAACCAGUAAGUUCCAAAACCUCGAUGUUUCCAAGAACUCAACAAUGCAAAAAGAGAUCCGGGGAGAGGGAUAGAACUUCAUCAAGAUUUGGAUUUCUACAUUAACCUUCUCCGUAACUUAAGGUCACACUACCUACUACUUAGAAGCUAGUAGAGUAUUAGAGUAGAGUAGGCAUGAAGAGAGAGAGAGAGAGAGCGAGAGAGAGAGAGAGAGAGAGAGCGCUGCAAAACUGCAACUAGAUAAAGUCAAAACCUCGGUAAAAGAAGAUCUCAAGAGAUGGAGGAAGAACUCAAGAACUUCAUCAAGGUUUGGGUUUCAGCAAUCAUUUCAAUAACUUAUUGUUACUACAUAUCAACUAGAGUCAAAGCUGGUGUCUUUCGAUUACUCUCUGUUCUUCCUAUAUGUGUUCUGUUUCUUCUUCUUCCUCUGUUUUUCUCCUCUGUUCAUUUCUCUGGUUCAGCUGCUUUUUUCCUCACGUGGCUGGCCAAUUUCAAACUCAUCCUCUUCUCCUUCGACCAAGGUCCACUUUUCCCAAUUCCAUCUAGUAUCUCUCAGUUCAUUUGCUUCACUUGCUUCCCCAUUAAGCCACUACAAAACCCUAAAUCUCAAGAUCAAAUGCCUAAAUGGGUUUUCGCCAUUAAAGUUGCCAUAUUUGGUGUGCUGUUACAAAUGUAUGAAUACAAAAAAUACAUGUCUUCGAAUAUGAUAUUGGUUCUCUAUUCUCUGCAUAUAUACUUGGAGUAUGUGAUUCUCUUAGCUCCUCUGAAACUUCUGCUUAGUAUCUCUCUUGGGUGCGACCUCGAGCCACAGUUCAACGAACCAUACUUAGCCACCUCUCUUCAAGACUUUUGGGGUCGUCGUUGGAACCUCAUGGUUCCCGCGAUUCUCCGGCCAGCCGUCUACGUUCCGGUGCGACGAAUGGCCGGUCGGAAAAUGAACUCGGAUCAAGCAUUGUUCUUGGGGGUUUUUGCGUCGUUCCUCGUCUCCGGUGCAGUUCACGAGCUGAUCUUCUUCUAUUUCACACGUGAAUCGCCUACAGGAGAAGUCACUUGGUUCUUUGUAUUGCAUGGAGUUUGCACUGCCGCGGAAGGAGCGGUGAAGAGGACGAGCUUGGUGCGGCGGUGGAAGAUGUGUCCGAUGAUUUCACGACUACUCACGGUGGGUUUUGUGGUUGUGACUGGUGGUUGGUUGUUUUUCCCUCAGCUUACAAGGAGUGGCAUGAUCGAUAGACUCGCUGAUGAAGUCUUUUUGUCCAUUGACUUCGUUAAGCACAAGCUUUUCUACCUUUGGAGAAAUAGAUCGCUAAAAUCGUAGGUUAAUGAUGUUUUCUAUAUAGCUAAUUUUAUCAACCAUAUUACUUUAUAUGGAUUUGGGAAGAAAACUAAUAUCUUCGAUUUAAACGUGUUUGGUAAAAUACUAAAUUGUCCAAUUGUGAAAACGUCAUUGUUUCUACGCUUACGUCUGGAAAUAUUUUCAAAGUUAAUGAUUA